CGUCCCCGCCGCCGGAAGCGGCGCGCGCGGGGCGGUGGCGGGACAUGGAUCCUGAGGAGGAGGUGCCUGAGCUGUCCGACGGCGAGGGCGCCUGGAACGACGACGAGGAGGAGGAGGAGGAAGGCGCUGCCGUGGCCCAGCAGACCCGCUGCCUCUUCUGCGACAGGUUGUUUAGUUCUGCUGAAGCUGUGUUCUCCCACUGCAAAACAGAGCAUCAGUUUGAUGUUAGUGAUGUGAUCCAGAAAUAUGGACUCGAUUUUUAUGGGUACAUUAAACUAAUAAACUUUGUCAGAUUAAAGAAGCCAACUGGAGCAUAUUUGAGUUCUCUCAGCAGCCCACUGCCUUGGGAAGGAGACCAAUAUUUGAAACCAGAACUUGAAGAUGAUCUCCUUCUUCAGUUUGACAUAGAAGAUCUUUGUGAACCUGUAAAAGUUUUGCCUUCUAAUGGCUUAAGUGAUACCAUGGUGCUCCUUGAACAAUUAAAACGUGCUGAACAGAGAGCCAGAGCCGCAGAAGCAGCCUUGGCUAGAGCACAAGAUGACCUUCAGAAAAUGAAACAAUUUGCUCAGGAUUUUGUGAUGAACACAGAUGUCAGGAGCAGCUCGUCAUCCAGCGCCAUUGCAGACCUUCAGGAGGAUGAGGAUGGUGUUUACUUCAGCUCCUAUGGGCAUUAUGGGAUACACGAGGAGAUGCUAAAGGAUAAAGUCCGUACGGAGAGCUAUCGUGACUUCAUCUAUCAAAACCCACAUAUCUUCAAGGACAAGGUGGUUUUGGAUGUUGGCUGUGGGACUGGAAUUCUCUCCAUGUUUGCUGCCAAAGCGGGUGCCAAGAAGGUGAUUGGAGUUGACCAAUCUGAAAUCAUCUAUCAGGCCAUGGACAUCAUUAGAUUAAAUAAACUUGAAAAGAUUAUUACAUUAGUCAAAGGAAGAAUUGAGGAAGUUGAUCUGCCUUUGGAAAAAGUGGAUGUAAUUAUAUCUGAGUGGAUGGGUUAUUUCCUUCUGUUUGAGUCAAUGCUGGAUUCUGUCAUCUAUGCAAAGGACAAGUACCUGGCAGAGGGAGGCUCAGUUUAUCCUGACUUGUGCGCCAUCAGUCUGGUAGCUGUUGGGGAUAUGAAUAAACAUGGCGACAAGCUGCUUUUCUGGGAAGAUGUCUACGGCUUUGACAUGUCUUGUAUGAAGAAAGCUGUAAUUCCGGAAGCUGUUGUGGAGGUGCUGGAUCCAAACACACUGAUAUCUACAGCCAGUGUCAUUAAGCAUAUCGACUGCAGUACUGCAUCUGCUCCAGACUUGGAAUUCUCUUCAGAUUUCACCCUGAGCAUUACAAUGAGCACACAGUGUACGGCAAUUGCUGGUUACUUUGAUGUAUUUUUUGAGAAGAACUGCCACAACAAGGUCUUUUUUUCAACUGGUCCCCAGUGUACCAAAACACACUGGAAACAGACAAUUUUUCUCCUGGAGAAGCCAAUUCCUGUAGAAGCAGGAGAGGCCCUGAGAGGAAAGAUCACAGUCCGCAAGAACAGAAAGGAUCCGCGAUCCCUCAUCAUCACCCUCUCAGUGGAGGACACCCAGCAGACAUACAGCCUUCAGUGAAACUCUGUCCGUGUCUGGGAGGGGCUCAAUUCAAAUGCUGCAUUUGACUGCUGAUAACUCUUCUGAAAUAUCCAGAAAUGGUAAACUCUUGGUUUGUGUGUGUGUGGACACACACAAGAAUAUGGAAAAGUUACCUAGAGCUGAGAUUUAUGACAAAAUCAGAUCCUGCUGCUUCACGUGGUGUGAGGAAAGCAAGAAAGAUGGGUUUGGGUUACCUGAGACUGCUAGGUGAGAAAAAAUGAGUCUGAAGUCUUGCUGUAAGGAACAAUAAAUAUGAUCUCUCAGUAAUGUUUUAUUCUUCCACUGGCAAAAUCCUUGUAUAGUAUUUUUUUUUGUGAAAGAAGCAGCUUAGUCAUAUGUGAGUGUACCUCAACAGUAGCUGGAAAAUCCCAAUGGGAAUAAUUUUUGAAUUCCAGCUGCAAGAUUGGGGCAACAAAGACGGUAUUUUUACUACACUUCUGCAGUUUAAAAGUUGUACACGUUUCAGUUACAUUUGUCUAAAUAAAUGAACUCAGUGUAAUAUAUAAUGCAGUUGCUGCUUUCCUUGUGUUCUGUGUAAUUGGAAAUUCUGUCUGUCCUGUGAUGGCUCAUUUAUUUGUGCCUACAGUUUUUUCUCUAUAAACCUGUUGGAGCAUAGUUGCAUGGAAGUAUGUCUCUUAGCAGCUUUGGGGAAAACACAACAAACAAAAAGCAGUUGCUGGAAGGGUGGGUUUGGUUUGGCUUCUUACAGAAACACUAGACACUCAAAGGUUGACUGUUCAGGGGAGGGGGGGGUGUGUGCAUGUAGGUAUUCAUUUUAAUUUCUUUUAGGCUCCUUAAAUGUCCUGAUUAACAUGUGGAUGUUCAGGAGCUUGACUCACAUAACAGGAAUGCUCAGGUACUGAUUUUAGAUCCCUCCGUUUAUGCAAAUAAGACUGCACACAGUUCUUAAAUUCUAUCUAUUUUCAGAAUAGGCUUCACUAUAAAAAACUUCAUUAAAAAAUGAGACAAUUGCACACACAAAAAAAGUCAAAGAUGCAAGUUUUAUUUCCCAGUGGUAUCUGAGAAGUGGGAAUGCUCUACACGGAUAAACACGGGUGAGUCUCAGUGAGCUGCUAACACUUGUCUAGCUUGGUGACAUAUAUCCAUUUUGGUCUUGUUCAAGGCCCUUCCAAUCUGAGGUUUUUUAUACUUCUGCAGAUUUUAUGUUUGUGUAAAUGUUGCUGUAGAAGGCAAGAAGAGAAGAAAAAGAAUGCAAAGGUAGAGCAGUGCAAAGCCUGGUAGAGAGUUUGUGUAGCCUUGGGUUGCAGGGCUAAAAGAUAAAAGAGGCUUGAAAAUGUGUAAAUACUAUCUUAAAAUAAAUAAA